GCUUAUUAUCUAAGCUCUCUUUUUAUAUAUCUCUCUUUCUGUUCAUAGUAAACAAAGAAAGCCCUAAAUUUGGAUUUCUCAUUUCUCUAAUUUUGGAAAAAGAAACAACAACAAAAAAAGAAAUCGUUUCUUCUCUAAUAAUUUCUUGACUUAUUUUUCCUAGGAAAAAAAUUCUAUCAUCGUCAUUGUUUAUCGUUAAUGGCGGUGGAAACAAUGUUCAUGGGAUCAUCAGACCAUUCAUCAGCUUUGAUUCUAACGUCAGGAGCAAGCGGUCGCGUUACAGCUCUCUUCUCCAUGCGAGAGCUCAAACGUCUCGUUAACAUCAUCCACUCUCUCAUUCUCUUCCUCCUCCUCCCCUUUCGCGUUGUUCUUUGGAGGAUAAUGACGGGAGCGGUGCUCAUGAUCAGAGACGAGAAACAUGAGAAGAAAGUUGCGGUUGUGAAGAAAAGAAACAUCAGCGUUUCGCCUCCUUUGGUUCCUGCUGCGGUGGUUGAUGAGGAGGUUGCGGUUAGACGUGAGCUUGCGAUAAGGCGAGUUUUGGAAGAUGAUGGAGGUGAUGGAAGCUACGUUAGAGAUUAUUCGUUAUUCACGACGAAGAGAGGUGACACGUUGUUUACUCAGUCAUGGUCACCUUUUUCUAUAAACCACAGGGGGCUUGUUGUUCUGUUACAUGGAUUAAAUGAGCAUAGUGGAAGGUAUACUGAUUUUGCAAAGCAGCUAAAUGCAAAUGGAUUCAAAGUCUAUGGAAUCGAUUGGAUCGGUCAUGGUGGAAGCGAUGGACUUCAUGCUUAUGUUCCUUCCCUUGAUUACGCCGUUGACGACUUGAAAUCAUUCCUUGACAAGGUUCUCACAGAGAAUCCAGGACUCCCAUGUUUCUGCAUUGGACACUCAACAGGAGGAGCCAUCAUCCUCAAGGCUAUGCUAGAUCCAAAGAUUGAGUCUCGAGUUUCAGGCAUUGUAUUGACUUCACCAGCUGUUGGAGUCCAACCAUCUCAUCCAAUCUUCACAGUUCUUGCUCCAAUCGUUGCGUUCUUGUUGCCAAGGUACCAAUUAAGUGCAGCAAACAAGGAAGGAGUGGUGGUUUCUCGUGAUCCACAAGCUCUCCUCACCAAAUACUCUGACCCGUUAGUCUUCACCGGAUCCAUCCGGGUUAGAACCGGCUACGAGAUCCUUAGAAUCACUUCUCACUUGCAACAAAACUUGAACAAAGUAAAAGUUCCUUUUCUUGUGAUGCACGGUACAUCAGAUGCCGUGACUGAUCCUAAUGCCUCUAAGAGGCUCUACGAGGAAGCAUCUUCUUCAGACAAAUCAAUCAAGCUCUUCGAGGGGUUGUUGCACGAUCUCCUCUUUGAGCCUGAGAGAGAAGUCAUCGCUGGAGUCAUAUUAGACUGGUUAAACCAAAGGGUUUAAGCUUCUUCCAAACCAGCAAUUAUACUGUCACGUCUAAUCAAGAAUCUCUUGGUUCAGACAAAAGGAAUAAUAUAUUUUUUUGUGGAAAUUUCUGAGUAACUUGACUGAGAAUCAUGAGGAAGAAAUUCUUAAAAGGAGUUAUUGGAUGAUUUAACAGCUUUUUAAGAUAGCCAAAAGACAAGAAGACUCAAGAAACUGGAUUCUCUUGCUAUUCAUUGGUCUCUAAAAACAUUUUGACGCAAGUAUGUUGUAACAUAUAUAUCAAUAAUAAUUUUGUAACCACGAGGAUUGUAAUAUUACAUCUUUAUACUAAAUUCAUGCUAG